AUGGAACCCAACACCCGAUACAGAUACCGCGGCCCUGAGUGGAACGCGACUCGCUUCAUCAGCGUUGACGUCCCACCCGAACCCAACCGCGAGCUGGAGUACUGGAUCGCCGCUGUCAUCUUUUGGAGCAUCAUGAGCAUUCUCGUUGUGUGCUUCAACUUUAAUGGCUCUUGGAUUCCGGUCGUGGCUCUUUUUGUCGUACUCUUCCUGGCCUUCCAGUUUAUUCGCUUCAACUUCUGGGAGCUCUGA